ACCGCCCAGAGGGACGAACAUGAUAAUCCACCAUCGAUUCAGAGCUGUCCGCGAAGCUGCGAAGAAAAACAGCUGAAAAAAAAGUUUGAAAGAGAGAAGUGUUUCGCGAGACGAGAGCAGCCGCUUGUUGGGCUCUUUGCCCCAGUUUUUGGAUUACGGAAUGGAUGCUUUGAAAUCAGCUGGAAGGGCAAUUAUUCGGAGCCCCAGUAUCGCCAAACAGUCGUGGGGUGUGGGCAGACAUAAAAAGCUUCCGGAGAACUGGACGGACACGAGGGAAACCCUUCUGGAGGGUAUGGUGUUCCAGCUCAAGUACCUGGGGGUUACGCUGGUCGAGCAGCCCAAAGGAGAGGAGCUGUCUGCAGCCGCUGUCAAGAGGAUAGUGGCCACGGCCAAAGCCAGCGGCAAAAAACUCCAGAAAGUCACGUUAACAGUCUCCCCAAGGGGAAUCAUUCUUUACGACAGUGCCUCCAACCAGCUGAUAGAAAACAUCUCCAUAUACAGAAUAUCAUACUGCACAGCGGACAAGAUGCAUGACAAAGUGUUUGCCUACAUCGUCCAGAGCCAACAGAAUGAGACCCUUGAGUGUCACGCCUUCUUGUGCACCAAGAGGAAAGUGGCCCAGGCGGUAACACUAACAGUGGCACAAGCUUUCAGAGUGGCAUUCGAGUUCUGGCAGGCUGCCAAGGAAGAAAAAGAGAAACGAGUAAAGUCGGGCUCAGACGGGGAAGGAGCCAGCAGUUCCCAGUCGGAGAACUCGGCCAGCAUGGGCAGCCUGAAGGGAGGAGAGGUGGCUACAGGGAAACUUCUGGACUUGGCAGAGGGGGCCAAUGUGGCACUGGUCCACUCAGGAACAAUGGAGACUGAGCCAGAUCCUAUUAUGGUGCAUAACCACGCAACAGAGAACAACAAUACUGUAUGGGAGCUGGAGGACGGUCUGGACGAGGCUUUCUCAAGCCGCAGUCUGGAUAGCUUUGAAUCCUACUCAGACUCGCUGAGUCUCGCACUAACCCCCAGGUCCUGGACAUUGGGGUAAACCCUCAGGACUUCAACACUGAAGAGUGCCUGUCCCCAGGCAAAUGGGACCAAGCGGACACGGACCUCACCGAACAAAAGGACACUUUUGGGUUCUAAGGUGAAACCGUCGCCAAGAAGGAGAAAAACAGGGAAAGAUGAGGAGAAAAGGUGGGUGGUACAUGGUUGCAAACUGUGGAGAAGUAGCAAAAUGGACACUGGUGACACCAGUGGGGUUUCCCACCUUUUCCUCGCUGCCAAGUCCUCUCAGUGUCGCCAUCUAGUGGCUGGGAUGCUACUGCAUCUGCGUCUGACCAGAGGAGGACAACAUGAGCAGGCUGCUCACAGAACAGACCAAAGCAAUACAAAACAGUUAAUCGCUUUUCUAUGAAAACAUGCAGUCAUUUGUUUGUUACAGUCAGUGUAUAGGUUCCUUUUUUGUUUCUGUUUACCCACUCACUGUAUGUAAUGGUAUGUUUGUGUACUGUAUGUUUUUGUGUAUCUGGCACUCAAAAAAGUGAGUGUGUGUGUGUGUGUGUGUGUGUGUGUGUGUGUGUGUGUAUAUAUAUAUAUAUAUACAUAUAUAUUUGUACAAACUGAGAUGAGAACUAUGCUGAGUUUGGAGCGGUUCAUUAAGUGAUGUAAAGGUCAAGUAGGGUGCUGACAGUUACAUUUCAUUUAUUUAGACAUGGAGUGUUGUAACCAGGUUAGAGAGAAGUUUGGCUGGUUAACUCACCAGUUGCAGCGAUGGGAAUAAAUGGAGGAAAAUAAAGUUACUACCUGUUACGUGACUCAAGGCUUCAGCCUUUGGUUGGUCAACAAAGGCUUUAAAAUGUGUGUAUGUUUGGUUUAAGUGUGAGUGAAAACAGAUGUGGACAAAAGGACAAUCUUUUUUUUUUUCAUAAUGCAAAAUGUACUUUUGCACUCCACUUUCAUCCAAAUCUCUAAAGCACAUAUUACAUGUAGGGGAAUUUAUUGUCAAUAACCUUCAAACUCAUUUAGGCUUAUAUACCACUGUAUGUUAAAUUAUAACAUGAUUUUGCUUGUUUACUAUUUUUCCCGGGAUGCUUCCCAGUGUUAUCUUUGGCAUUUUGUUAAUGUUUGAAAUUAAUUUAAUUGAGAACAUAAACUUCAAUGAAAUUAAAA